UGGGGUUGCAGGACGUGGCAGACUGACUGAUGGACAACUUACACUUAAGAUACGGGGAAGGGAGCGACCAGUUCUGGGACAACACCUACCGGGAGCUUAUCCCCCUCCUGGAAAGUAGCGCCAGCCUCCAGAAGGCCCUGGCCAAAGGGCUGCCAGUGGGAACAAACUGGUCAGAGGUCUGCCACCGACUCUGGGGUAUUGUGGCUGCCCGCUUCCACCCUCCGCCCCCCGGGCAGGACCCAGCAUCAGGAUCAAGACAGGAUUUGGAACAGCAAGAGCAGGGGCAGCGGGACGAAGGGAUGCAGCAGACCCAGGGCCAGCCAAAUGCGGUCAAACGGGGUGGGCAGCAAGGCGGGACACAGCGGGAGGAGAAACAGGGGGGCCGCUCUGGGAGGAAGAUGGGGGAAGAGCAGAACAAGGGGGGUGGAGAUGCACAACAUUGCACUAACGAUGACACAGAGGCGGGCCUAGUGGACACGGGGAAAGAUACAACCGUCAGCCUAGAUGGGGCAUCAGACACGCACAGCGUGGUCAAACCAGAGGCCACUCGCUCCCCGGCCGCAACGGUGCGGCAGGACAAGGGGCAGCAAGUGGAAGGACAACGGGGGGAGCGACAGCGGGGAGAGGACAGGGAGGAAGCGGGGCGGAUACGGGGAGAACAUGAUAAGGGCGAGGUACAGACCACCAGCCAACAGGGGAAGGGACAGCAGGAAAAGGAUCCGGCGGGGACGUCGCGAGUAGAACAGGGACAAGGAGCAAAUAGGGAACAGAACAGUAGCACAGCGAUCCCAGAAGAGAUCACAGACAAUACUGAGCACACACACCAGGGGUCUGAGAAAACGGGGACAAGCUCGACCAAAGAGCAGCAGCACGAGACUGGUACAACAACAACAACACCACCUCAGGACGAUCCAGAAAACACAGACCACACAAAGAAGGGACCUGAGGAUACGGGGACAGGUUCGGUGCAAGAGCAGCAACAAGAGGAUGAUCCGGAAGCUGCAGCAGGACUGUGUUUAGCGCUCCCCGCCUGGGAUGGGGCCAAACCGGCGAAGCCACCCUCCCCACACAAGCCACCCCCGCCCAAGCCCCCGGACACGGAACUCACGAGUCACAAGCAAAAAAUCAGACAUCUAUUGGAGACUGCAUCUGUCUGCGACUCUCCCCAGCAAAAAGGCAUAGUCCUGCUGCCGGUCCGGCAGAGGGAGGGAGCAUGGGAGGUGGGGCUGUCAGCUCCCCUAGGUACCACACACGGAGAAGUCACCCUCCAACGAUACUCCUCGGUGUUUCUCUUGCUCACCCCUUGGGCCGGGAAUGCGGUGUUGGGAAAGAUGGACAUUCGCCUGUUGAUUCAUAACCGGCUCCCGGCAGGAGCCUCCGUGGAGUUGGUGUUCUCCCAAGGACCAGGGAGAUUAGGGCUCAAAGACAUAUAUGUGCGCUACGACCACUUGAAAUCUGAUGAGUUGAGGUGGAUAGACUUGGAAGGACUUACCGACCUGCAACUGCUGAAAAAAGAGGCGGGCGACCUUUGGUCCGCCAAUGAAAUCGGGGAUCUCCUAGUCCAAAUCCUCAGACGUGGAAUUCUGUGGAAAGGCGGACUCUUGGAUACGGAAAACUGGCUAACUAUGUGAUUAACACCAAGGGGGUCUGGAAAUUACUACCCGAUUAAUAUCAGGGGAUGAAUGUGUUGGAAGCCUUGUACGGUCGCAAGUGCAAUGAAUACUCUAAACUUCU